AUGUACGGCAAAACGAACAAGCCCGCCACCGCCGUCACUUCUUCUCCCCCUUCUUCUAUCGACGAUUGGCUUGCUGCCCAUUAUCAUUCUGAAAAGCAUCAACAGAUAUUUACCUUUGAUCUCUGCAAACUCUUGGCCCCAUUGCGUCAAUCAAAGCGCAAACGUCAACAAGAAGAUGAUCUGGAAGAAGAAGAACAAGAAGAAGCUUCUUUAUCGUCAUCUGACGAUGCUUCUUCGAUUAUCACUACAUCGUCGUCAUCGUCAUCGUCGUCGUCACACAAGAAUGCAUUUACUGCUGCUGCUGUUGCUGCUACUGUUUCACGGAAGAAGAGCAAGAUUGCUGCCAGUGUCAACACCAACAAAAGUAACCAUAAUAGUGGCAGCAGCAGCAGCAAUCCCAGUAGCAGCGAAGAAUCACAUCACCGCAGCAAUGGUGGAAAAGCACCUGCUCGACGCAAUACCCGUGACUUGUCGAUUAAGGGUUUUACCAUUGAUCCUCAAUACACUUUCGACAACAUUGAUAUUGAUGCUCAAGACCAUGAAUUCUAUCCGCAAGGUUGGCUCCCGCUGACCGAUCGUCUGGAUCACGUUCCUGUGGAUAUCAAUUGGAAGGGCAAGCCACUGAAACUGGAUGCAAAUGAUCCGUACUAUGGCCGUCUCCAUCACACCGAGGCAGACGUCAUCUCACAUAUGCGGUUGUCGCCACAGCUGUAUCUUCGAUGCAAGCGGGCAAUUAUCAUGGCUGCCCGAGAAUUCUCAAUGCUUGGUCUUGAGUUUCGAAAGUCAGAUGCGCAAAAGGUGUGUCGUAUCGAUGUGAACAAGAGCAGCCGUUUGUGGGCUGCUUUCAAUGCCUAUGGAUGGCUCAAGCCAAAUACUACUGCUACUCUUUCUACUUGCACAUAA